AUGGAAGCAGCUGGAAACGGACGGUCUUCUGAAAUUGUUGAAGUUGAAGCUCGAAAUUUGGGUUCUUCUUCAAGUGUCGUACAAGGCCCUGUCUUUGAAAGCAAAGAAGAGGACCAAACUGAGAGUGAAACGGAUCACGAAGACGACAUAGAGAUCAUAGAGGAACAACAACCCAAUGUGGCUGUUGCUACUGCGAGUUUAAUCGAAGAGAAAGUAGAAGAAAUUGUGGAAGAAUACGAAAAGGAACUGGGUCAAGAAGAGGAGCUGAAGCCCAUGAAGGAUCAUAUAGAUCUUGAUUCGCAAACAAAGAAGGCUUCCGGAAGAGAUUUUAAGGAGAUUGCUGGGAGUUUCUGGUCAGCUGCUUCAGUUUUCAGUAAGAAAUUGCAAAAAUGGAGGCAAAAGCAGAAGCUGAAAAAGAGGAGUAAUGGAGGUGGUUCAGCGAGAUUGCCAGUGGAGAAGCCGAUUGGGAGGCAAUACAGAGAAACCCAGUCAGAAAUUGCGGAUUAUGGGUUCGGGAGAAGGUCUUGUGAUACGGAUCCAAGGUUUUCACUUGAUGCUGGGAGGAUGUCGUUUGAUGCAGCAAGGAUAUCGUUUGAUGAUCCAAGAUAUUCCUUUGAUGAACCAAGAGCUUCUUGGGAUGGGUAUUUGACUGGGAGAACUUUUCCAAGAAUGCCCACAAUGGUUUCUGUUGUGGAAGAUGCUCCAGUUCAUCAUGUCAUGAGGUCUGAUACACAAAUCCCUGUGGAGGAUCCGCCGGCUAUGAAUUCUAUUAAUGAGGAUGAAUCUGUUCCUGGAGGGUCAGCUCAGACAAGGGAUUAUUAUUCUGAUUCUUCUUCUAGGAGACGAAAGAGUCUUGAUAGGUCCAAUUCUAUUAGGAAGACUGCCGCAGCCGUAGUAGCUGAGAUCGAUGAAAUGAAGUCGGUUUCCAAUGCAAAGGUUUCUCCUGCAACUGUUGAUUACGUCCAUGGACCUAAACUUGUGCCGGACAGGGAUUCCAGGGAUUCAAACUCGAAUUCUUUGAGGGAUGAUUAUUCUGAGACUUUUGAGAUUGGCUUCAGAGACAGUGCGUCUGUGAUUGGGAAUGGGGAACGGAAAGGGUCGUCUAAGAAGUCACGGAGGUGGAGUAAAGCAUGGAACAUUUGGGGGUUUAUUCACAGGAGGAGUGUUAACAAAGAUGAGGAUGAAGAUAGGUAUAGUAGAGCUAAUGGUGUGGAGAGGUCGUACUCAGAAUCUUGGCCUGAGUUGAGAGGGGAACGGAAUGGUGAUGUCAGGGGGGGUUUCAAUCCAAAGGUUUUGAGGAGCAAUAGCAGCGUAAGCUGGAGGAAUUCGAGCAGUUUUGGUGGGUCGUUCGGUGGUGCAAGGAAGAACCAUGUGGACACAAAUGGGCAUAGUAAGAAGAAGAGAGAUGAGUUCGGCUUGGAGAGGAAUAGGAGUGCAAGAUAUUCGCCAAAUAACAUUGACAAUGGACUGUUAAGGUUCUACUUGACGCCGCUGAGGAGCAGCCGGAGAGGUGGGUCAGGCAAAAGCAGGGCAAGCCAUGCACAUUCUAUUGCGAGGAGCGUACUGAGGUUGUACUGAAUUUGAGAUUCACAAGGUGUUUCUUUUGGUUUAAUGUUGUUAAUUUUGCUGCAUUUGUUGUGUAACCACACAUUGCCUAUGUAUUCUUGCUGGUUGGUUGGAUAAAAAAAGCACCCUAAAAUUGUUGC